AUGCACCGGGCAAAGAAGGACGCUGCAGAAGCGGUUGGAGAGGCAGCCGGCGUCUGCCGUCACAACGAGUCCCAGCGCUGGUUGGACAUGCGCGUCGGCUCGCCCGAGGACUGCUAUCGCGACCCUCCCGUCGUGCCGCAGCCUCCGACGAGCUCUGCAACCGAGGAGAGUGAGGACUUUAGCCUUUUGGCCACCCUCCUUGCGGAGCAGGAGGAGAUCCGCUCUCGCAACACCUUAAACUUUCAGGCCCUCCAAAUUCGGCCCAAGGACGAGGAGGCUGGCGUCGCUGCGGCGCUGACGCCAGCCGAGCUCCGCUCCGCCUACGAGGGCUCAACUGCACUCGUGGUGGGCGGCACGCGUGGAAUCGGCAAGUCGAUCGCCUCCACGCUCAGCGCCGCCGGUGCCGCGGUGGUCGUUGUCGGACGUAGCGCGGCCCCACCUGGCGGCGUGGCGGCCGACCUGUCCACCGCUGCCGGCUGCAAGGCGCUCGUUGACGAGCUAUCGACAGCAGGAAGUUCGUCGGGCCUCGUCGCGCGAAACGGCUUCUCCUUCGUCGUGCUCACCGCUGGCGUGUGGCCCGACCCGUCCUCUCCGUACACGGCGGACGGCGUGGACAAGGUCAUCGCCAUCGACCUGCUCGCGCGCCAUGUCCUGCUGACUCGCCUCUCCGCCGCCGGCCUCCUAGCUGCCAAGUGCAGUGUGAUGGCGGUGCUCGCCUCGGGGCAGUGGCUCCCUGGGCCGGUGGUGGGCGACGCGGAGGCGAUCAAGGAGCGCCUUGCCGCCGCCGUCCUGCCGCGCCCUCUCCCCACGCCUCCGCCCUCCGGCUCGGUGGCGACGGGCAUGCGCCUGAUGCUCACCGCCGCAGUUGCGCACGACGUUUGGCUGAUGGGGAUGGGCGGCAGGCUGCCGGACGGCGUGACGCUGCUCUCCACCUUCCCGGGCCUGCUCGUGUCUGACCUGAUGGCGUCCACCUUCCCCUCCUGGCUCGUCCCUCUCCUCCAGGGGGCGAUGGCGCCGCUCGCUGACUCGGCAGAGACUAUGGGCGCAAAUCACGCCGCCGUCCUCGCAGCCGCCACCUCCCGCCGUGCUGGCCGGGCCACCUAUUGGGCGGCGCCGCUGCUAGAGGCGCGCCGGCCGCACCCGCUCGCCGAGGACGCAGCACUGGGAGCCUGGCUGCUUGAGUGGCUCGACGGGCUGGCGGAGGCCGCGUGA